AUGGAGAUCGUGGAGGUGUUCGACUCGCCAGGAAAGGGACGUGGGCUGAGAGCGACAAAGGAAGUUUGGGCUGGGGACGUGCUCUUUGCAGAUCCUUGCUUUGCCGCCGUUGUAUUUGACAGUCUUGUAGCACAUGUCUGCCACAGUUGUUUCCGUCGACAAGCGAAGCUGCAGCGGUGUGGUCAGUGUCGGUUCGCACAGUACUGCGACCGUACGUGUCAGCGCGCGGGAUGGGUCGAGCAUAAACAAGAGUGCGCCGCUAUAAAGAGCUACGGCAAAGCGCCCAAUGAAAACAUCCGCCUCGCCGCACGUAUUAUGUGGCGUCUCAAUAAGGAGGGAGGUGUGGUCUCAGACAUGCAGCUCACCACUCUGGAUGACCUGGAGGACCACCUUUCGGACAUGCCUGAGAUGGACCUGAAGGAGCUCAAAGUGGACGUCCACAACUUCCUGGACUUCUGGCCCCGAACCGGCAAACAGCACACAGUGGAGAGCAUCUCACACAUCUUCGGAGUGAUCAAUUGCAAUGGCUUCAUGGUGAGUGAUCAGAAAGGCCUUCAGGCAGUGGGAGUUGGUCUCUUCCCCAACCUCUGUCUGGUCAACCAUGACUGCUGGCCAAACUGCACGGUCAUCCUCAACAAUGGCAAUCAUUCGACCAUCAAUACUAUGUAUCACACUCAGAAGAGAAUUGAGCUCCGAGCCCUGGGUAAGAUCAGCGCUGGGGAGGAAUUGACUGUGUCGUACGUCGACUACCUGAACCUGUCCGAGGACCGCAAACAAAUGCUGAAGCAGCAAUACUUCUUCGACUGCACCUGCGAACACUGCACCAAGAAGACCAAGGACGACCUGAAGAUGGCCGGGGCAGUGGUGGAUGGAGUUCAGGUGCCAGAAGAGAAAGUGAAGGAAGUAACAGAAUACAGUGUGGAAAUGCUGAAAAAAAUGGAGAACGCCCGUUUGGAAGCAAACUACAAUGAGGUGGUGAAGAUCUGCCGCGAGUGUGUGGAGAAGCAGGAGAACGUUCUGGCUGACACCCACAUCUACCAGCUGAAGAUGUGGAGCACGCUGGGUGAGGUCCUGUCCUACCUGCAGUUCUUUGAGGAGGCAGCUACGUACGCACGCAAGAUGGUAGACGGAUACGUGAAGCUGUACCAUCCGAACAAUGCCCAGCUAGGGAUGACUAUGAUGAGAGCAGGGGUGACCCACUGGCAGGCUGGACACAUAGAAGUCGGUCAUGGCAUGAUCUGCAAAGCUUACGCAGUUCUUAUGGUCACUCAUGGGUCAACCCAUCCCAUCACUAAGGACCUAGAGGCCAUGCGCAACCAGACGGAGAUGGAGCUGCGCAUGUUUAAGCAGAACGAGUACGUUUAUCACUCCAUGCGCGAGGCGGCCCUGAAGAACCAGCCGAUGAAGAUGAUGGCGGAGCCGGUGGAAGAGGGUGUCAAGGGCCUGUUCCGCAAGAAGUGACCUCACAUGCUUCUUAUGUCAGCAUCCUUGCCAGCACUGCACAGUGUCCCCUAACAGGCAUUUCAUCACUGUGACGAAAGACACUCAGGACACCCAUCAGUACGAUCAGUAAACUACUAUUAAUACUUUUAUGGAAAUGUUUGUUUUGUUCUAGAUAAUAUAAUGAAAGGUAAAGCUUUGUUUUUAGGUUGUUUUUUUUGUUUUUUUUUUUAGUGCUGUUUGUUUUUGAUUUAAGCGGCAUCAAAACAUUGUGCAAAGGCUUUUUUUAAAUAAAGAUCUGUCAUUUUAAA